AUGUCCAUGUUUCGUUUUCUCAUGGGCUCGCAUUCCGACAACAAGUUUUCUCCCUCCUCCCACCUUACGCCCGAGGCCCCGGCACUGGUAGGUUUCAUGUGCGGUAACACUCACCAUCCUGGCUGCUUAACCAGCGACGAGACUGUCCGGCUUCACAGCUGCGAAAAGGGCAACUACUGUGCUACUGUAAAGAACAACUCCGUUGUAUGGAUUCAACCCAUUAUCACGCGUCUUCCCGAUGGUGAAGACGUCGCUGAAGUCGGUGUUGGGGGAGGAGGAGACGAUUUGGAGAGGGAAGCCGAGUUGGAUUAUCUCUCACCGGACGACGUUGCCUCGCUCCUGGAAGCUGCCAUCGUUAACGGCCGGAAAGUUCCACUUGGCCUGGAGGGAGCCGCCUUUUGGGAGAACAACGAGGUAGACCUUAUAAGGGGCUUGCAAGCAAUAGCUAGAAAACUCGGAUUGCGCGAACGCCCUUUGGGGAACCGCGCUAAAACCCUCCCAAACAUCGUCACUUUUCCGUAUUCCCGCCAUGCGUCUUACCCCGAGCUCUGUCACCUAGUCGAGACACUCAAACCACGGGACAUCUGGCCGUGUACCGUCGACGUUCCUCGAUGGCUACGCGAAGAAAUCACGGUUGGGCGUCUAUUUGCGCCAUAUUGCUCAGGCGUCACAUUUCGGCACGACGACGCGAUGAGGGAACGGUUCGGCCACUACACAAACAACGCAAAUCCCAGCCUUGAAAGUCAGAUUACCGUAUCUUCGGCCAGCCAUGACACCCGUUUCUCCCAGGAUUCCGUGAAUGAUCCCGCAUCGGACCAUCACAGCCAGCCGCUGUCAUUGCCAACCCAAGAGUACCAUCCAGGGUCGGCCGCCAGUCCGGAAUUAGGUGUUCAAGCCGAUGAAGUUGAGGCACAUGAGCCUCAAGCCUGGGAUCUCGAAAUGGCCGAGCCCAUCGAUGAGCUUGCGGCUCUCGACAGCUUCCACCCAACAGGACUCAUAGAUUCACAGAACUCAACCAUUUCGGAAUUGGCGCUCGAAACUCGUUUGCAGGCCUUCCAGGCGCUUCUCAAGAAAGCUCAAGGCAAAGCCGGGGCGGAAAUAGGCCUGAUGUCGACGACGGACAAUCACUCCAAGUUGGAAGAAGAACUCGGUUAA